GUCGCGAGUCCCUCCAGGAGAUGCCCCUCUGUCUGAGUUCUGUUCUACGAUUUGCGAUUUUCUCAAGAAAUCCAUAGAAAAUAUAAUUAUAACCCGGAGAGCGUGUUUCUACGAUGUAGCUUGAUUUUAAACUCGGUUUAACAUGUCUUUUAUUUUUUUUUUUAAUUUCUUGAACUAGAAAAAGAUUAAAGGUAAAUUGAACCGAGUUUAAGCACAAACAGGUCUUAAUAUUUAGUUCGACAAAUAAAAAUAAAACAUACGAGUUACAUUUCUUCUAUGAAUGUAUAUAAGAUAUAUUUAGAUCUAGAAAUAAAAGGUACAAUUUUAAUUAAGGUAAAUGUUCUGGAGAUAUAUUAGAAAUUAUAAUUAUUAAGAAUAUUUAAAAUUUAUGUAAUUAAUUUUAAUAUUAGAAAAAAAAUUUAAAUGAUUGUCUAAGUGUCUGGUCACUGGGAUGCUUCUCUUAUUAAUAAUUAAAAAUACGAGGCCACGUGAUAGAAUGUUUUUACACAGUUUGCGUCACAUAUAAUGUUAUAAUUAUAUUUUCAAGUGAAAUAUAUUUUAAUCCUUCAUUGACACACUGGGUGUGAGUCACCCAUACGGUAACUUUGACGCUGUGUACCUUUUCCUUUUCCUUUUCUGACUUCGACGCUCUGUCUCUUUUCCUUUUUCUUUUUUGACUUUGAUGUUCUCUACCUUUUCCUUUUUUCUGGUUUUUCAUUGAUCGAAACAGCCUAUCUUCCAUAUGCAAAAUAAAUAUCUGUCGAAAUUGAUCGAAAAAAGCUAGAGGUGUGUCAACGAAGGGUUAAUCAAAUUUAUAUGACAAUUUAAAAGAUUAAAAGUGUAUUAAUUAAUUUGUAAUUUAUCACUGUGAACUCUUAUUAUUUAAUAUUUAUUAUUUCUUCGUGUUUUGUGAAAGUUGAGUAUUUUUCGGUAAUUCUCAAGAUGAUAACUAAUAUAAGAAUGCAUUUUAUUAGCAUCGUAGAUUCCGAAAGUAAUUUCACGAUCGAAUGCAAUUAAGCAAUAUAGAUCUUGCUCUGAAAAAUAAAACUGGUUUUGAAAGCAGCCCAGAUAAUUCGAGAGUCACGAUCUUGAAGUUCAAGAAUCUCUGCAAAAUGUGAAUUCAUAGCUCUGUUAUAUCAGCUCUCUGACAUAUCAGUUUCGUUAGUAUCUUUCCCAAAGGCUCGAAGCUGCGAAGGAUUAAUUAAAUUUCGAUUAUCCUGUCGCAUUCCUCUUAUUAUCGCUUUGCAGGUUCAAUGCAUAUAGCCAAUAAACAAAUAAGAAAUUGAGCCAGUUAAUAAAAAUAAAUAAAAACAAUUUAAUAUAAUUAAAUUUUUAAGUAAAAUGAUAUUUAAAUCUGCAUAUAAUAUUGGACCUAAUUCAAUUUUAUAAUUUAUUAUUUUGAAGUGUUGUUUAAUAUUUUUCUUAAACACUAUACACACAGUUGAUGUUUAUUGACGAUUGCUUAACGACUGGUACGCCGUACAGCGAUCCUAUCCCGAUUUUUAAUUCUAUUUUUUCUAUUGCUACAAGACGCGACGAUUUUACAAAUUAAAAAAGAAUUAUUAUUGAGAUUUUAUUUCGUAUUAUUCCUUGAAUUUUUACAUAAUGCCGAAAAAGAACGGGAAAUCUUCGUAGGUACUUUUGGUUCUUGAUACGCGUGCGUGAGGCGGGAAAUCGCGCUAAAAUCAAAGCUGCCCGGUCGAACGUCCGAUACCGCUGUUGUUGGUAAACAACGUCCGUUCUCGACGAGUCCUGCUGUCGUUGCCUGCGUUUGGAUAUUCACGCCUUAUAUGAAGUUUCCCAUGAAUGGAAGAUUUACGAUGGAGCAACAUGGAGCUACUUUGCAAACGUAUAAUCAAGAGCUCGUCAAAUGUUUGGAAGAGAUGAAGCUGAGGCGAGCAGAACUUCAAGAACAAAUAGAAUCUCAGGAAGAGGAGAAGAAUGAUUUACAAUGCGAAAUCGAAAAGUUGUCAUGUAAGCUCACGCAAUUGAACGACAGCUUGGCAAAGAGAAUCACGGUCAGAAAUGAGUAUGACAGAACUAUUGCUGACACCGAGGCAGCAUAUGUAAAGAUUUUAGAAAGUUCCCAUUUAUUGCUCAAUAUGAUCAGAAAAGAAGCUGUUAGUCUAGAUCAAACUUUAUUGAAAGCCAAUAUUGAUAAGCAGCAGUACCGGUAAUAAAAUGUGAAUUAGAGAAAAACUUGACAAAAAAUUUGUAAGGAGUCAGAUAUUUAGAAAAUGUAUUUAUUAAAUUAUCAAUGAAUCACAAAGAU